AUGGGACAAGAUUACAGCUACAGCCAGCCUUCUUCAUCAUCAAACUCUCUAGACAUGACCUCCCUUCUUGAAGCAGAAGCUCAGCUGUACACGGAUGCAGAGCCGGAUCAGUUCGCACCUCAACCAGAGGCUGAUGAUGGAAUCCCGAGGACAUGCUAUUGUGGAGCUCAGCCUGCUGUCGGAAUAUCUUACACUCCUAAAGAUCCCUACAGAAGGUACUUCACGUGCGACAAUGUCGAUGAUGGGGAUUGCCACAUUUGGAAAUGGUGGGAUGUGGCCGUUACGGAGGAGAUGUGUGAGUUUCAGAGACAACUCCGGCAGCUUAAGGAUCAAUCUUUUGAGUGUGACCAGAAGCUGGUUAAGCUACAGAAGACCGUCUGUGAGCUAAAGAAGAAAUCAGCGACUACAAAUGGCUUUGCAUUGGCAGUUUGUGUAAUGGUCUCCGCAUUAGUUUUUAUAGGUUUGGCGGAUAUGUUUCUGACUGGUAAGUAUCUCUCUUGUGCUUUUGGUUGUUGUUAAUGCUAUCUAGUAAAACUUUUGACUGUUUCAUCUUAUGUGUUUGCAGGAAGAGCUUCAAAGAAGUAAAUUAGAGAGUCCUCAAGCUCGAGAGUGUCUGUAUAAUUAGGUACGAUUACUACAACCUCCUACUCUCUUUUCUUUGAAUUAAUAAAAACAUAUAUUAGUGUAUUUUAUUUGUUUAAAAAAAAAUAAAACCCGAGAAGAUGUUAGUUGUGUUGAGUAGAAUUUUUUUGUAUGAAAGAUUAAAGUUUGAUUGUUCUUGAGUAAAUGCUACCUUCCUACCGCCUCAGAUUUGAUUGUUUUAAAUGUUAUAGUACUUUGCAAAUGGGUGUUAGUCUGAUUUGAUUGGUGUUUAAUGCAACUAGUUAGCUUUCUAUCUUCCUAACUGCUCGGUUUUUAUUGGCUUUAAAUGUUUCUUAGUUUAAGCUCGCCUACUUAAGUCUCUGUGUUGCUAUUAGAGUGACACAGACCAAUCUGUUAACAUGGAUAAGAACACUAGUUAUAUGAACCUACUGUUUAGUCAAUUUCAGACUCCAGUGGACCUUGAUUCACCCGAACCUUUUUGGUUCGGUAAAGGUUCGGUAGCCAAGGUCCUAAUGAGUCUGUUCUCGAGCCUGUUGUCGAGUGUGGUGUCGACACUGGUGGCGACUCUGGUGUGAAGGAGAGGAGGAAAUGGUCUCCCAAAGAGGAUAAAAUCCUUAUUGUUGCUUGGCUUAACACCAGUAAGGACCCUGUCGCCAGCAAUGAGCAGAAAGCCGAGCUCCCAGGUUAGAGUAUGUGGUCAACGGACACAUGUAUAAGUUGGCGUAUUAUCUCACAGACGGUAUAUAUCCCAAAUGGUCGACCUUUAUCCAAUCUAUCUCACACCUUCAAGGUCCUAAAGCAGAGUUAUUUGCUAGACUUCAAGAAGCAACUCGAAAAGAUGUGGAACGGGCUUUUAGAGUUUUGCAAGCUCGAUUUGCGAUUGUGAAAAACCCGGCUCUUUCAUUGGACAACGAAAGGAUAGGAAAUAUUAUGAGAGCAUGUAUCAUACUACACAAUAUGAUACAUUCAGUACGAUAUAUCUGAAUUUGAAGAAGACAGCACGAGAAGUUCACGGGUACAUACCGACAGGCCUACAAAUAUCGCUAAUAUGCUUAGCAUUCGGGAUGAUGUUCACGAUAAGCGUUUACAUCAACGAUUGAAAAAUGAUUUGAUUGAAAAUAUUUG